AUCCUCUCUUCAUAUAAUUAUAUACUCUUAAUUAGCUUAAGCAUUCCUUGUUAUACUUCCCAAAAAUAAAAAUGGAAAAACUUGUCCUUCCCCUAAUUUUACUUGUCAUUUUCUCUAUCUUAGUUGUUGAAUCCGGUGCAAUCGUGCCUAAAUUUGUAGAGUCACAAUGCAAGCGCACUCGUUAUCCAGGUCUAUGCGUGAGUUCUCUAUCGACCCAUUUAAAUCCAACGUCACAAGAUCCUCCAGAAAUAGCUCAAGCUGCUUUAAAAGUGAGCAUAGUUAAGGCAGUAUACACAAAAAACUAUUUGCAAAUUGUGUCCAAAGAACUCAAACAAAAAAAGGCUAAGGAAUAUCAAGCGGUGAAAGAUUGUUUAGAUCAAAUGUCAGAUAGCGUUUCUCAGCUUACAAAUUCAUUCAAAGAGUUUGAACACAUGAAGAGUGCAGAAUAUAGUGAAGGGGAUUUUGAUUGGUGUCAAAGCAAUGUUCAAACUUGGCUAAGUACUGUGUUGACUGACACAUAUAUUUGUAUGGAUGGGUUUUAUGGGUACCCAAUGGGUGGUAAAAUGAUGGCUAUGAUUAAAGCUAGGGUACUUAAUGUUGCACAAGUUACUAGCAAUACUUUGGCUUUGUUUAAUGGAUUUGCAGCUUGGCAUAGGGCUAAUUCUAAUGGUGGUACUGGUGGCUAUGGGAAAAAUAAACCUUAAAGAAGGUUACAUAUAUACAAAAAAUAUUUAUGAGAGUGUUUUAGCUAGCUAGUUGUGAUGGGAAUUACUUUUGAGUCUUGGUGGUGUAUACAUAGAAUAUGUUUGUAAACUUGAAUAAUAUCAUGAUGAAUCAAUAUGUGAAUAUGAUCAUAU